AUGAAAGCUGCGAACCUCAGCGGUCGUCUGACGGAUGCAAAUUAUGAAUAUUUUUGGGAGGCAUCAGUGGAGGAAGGCGUGGACGAACUGUACAGAACGACGGAGGUAAACACGGAAGAUGAGGAAGAAUCGCCCCUCAAAAUGGCCAAGAAGAGGAAAGCUGGAACACAAAAAGCGGCCAAGGCAAAGAAAGGCAAACUUGACGCCAGUAUUGGAGACGACGGUUCCGAAGAGGAGAGUAUGGACGAGGAAGAUGACGAUGAUUUAGAUGAAGACGACGACGAAGAUGACGAAGAUGAAUAUGAAGACGAAGACGAGGAAGAGGAGGAAAGUCCGCCAAAAAAGUCAAAGGCUAAAAGUCAGAAAAGCGCCAAGAACAAAGCCAAUGGUGCUAAAGCAAAGAAACCAGUCAAAUCUGCCAAUGGCAAGCCGGCACUUGAGGAGCCUCGUAAGAGAGACACGGAGCAAGAGGUGUUGGAGCAACUGAAACAAGAUGGGCUCUUAAGGUGGGAGACUCUAAAGGAAAACGACAAUGGUAACGUAGCUUUUUUUGUUUCAUUGGAUGGUAGCGCGUACCCAUCCGGAAAACCACGGCUCCUGCAGCCCAUUGAACUGAAACAGGAGCGGGAGAAGAUAAAAGCUAAUUUGGACAGCAAAAUUUCUAAUGCCACCCGCCUGAGAAGAGAAAGUCUGGGAAAAGUUAAGAGGAAAGCCCGCAUUGCCUCAGCCAGGCAGAGACAGGCUGUGGCCAAGAGGGGGCAGGCCGAUGAAGAACACCGACGUCUCCAUAAAGAGAGGCUGGAGAUGAAAAUGGAGCGGGCCUCUAAGAACCGGCAGGCCCUCCUGGGUGGUGUGAAGUAG